AUGGAGGGGGAAACCCCGAAUGUGUAUGUGGAGGGGGGGACCCCAUAUAAUCUUGAGGGGGCGAUCCCGAAUUUGCUUGUUGAGGGGGAAACCCCAGUUGUGUCCGAGGGAGAAAUCCCUAAAAAUUCUGAGGAGGAGACUCCGUUUGAAUCUACGGGGGGAACCCCAGUUAUGUGUGUUGAGGGAGAAAUCCCUAAAAAUUCUGGAGGGGACGAGGUCCCCGUUUAUGUUGAAGGACAGAGGCCCGAAGAGGAAGGGCCGAUGGAGGUAGUGGAUCUAGAGGAGGAACCAGAGGACGCACCCGCUGAUCCGCGGGCGUCAAGGAGGAUGGUCCGGCGAAACUUGCUGGACGAAGUGGAUGAGGAUGACCAGACGAAGGGAUCAGGAUUCCUGGCCCCGGGGGCGACAAGCAUGCAGGAGGGAGAGACUCCUGACUCUGAAGAAGAGGUAGACGCCGAGGAAGAGCGUCGAGUGGCCAAAGAACGCAAAAGCAAGGGUAAGACAACUGUCGUCCCUCGGCCUAGGAAAUCUCAGAGACUCAUCUCCGUCGGGAAAGCUCCCCGCCCACUCCCCAAGGCCCCUGGACCUGUUAAUGAGAGUAGCGAGACCGAGGAAGAGACCGAGGAGGAAGAGGAGGUCCCAAACUUCGAGCGAGAAGAAGUAUGGAUCACGAAGAAGCUCUUAGGAGCUAUGUCUAAGUUCAAUGACUCGAAGAGGACUCAGACGUACAAGGAUCGGAGCGCAGUUGGGAAAUUGGCCAAAUCAGGGAAAAGGUACGAUGCGAACGCGUUGAAGGAGAUAGAGUAUGACGAAGAAUUCCUUGGCCACAUUAAGGGAAUGGCUUUGAGUGGCCCCUGA